CCCUUUGUGUCUUCUGAAGAUCAAAUUUGGUGCAUCAGCGCUUUUUUUUUCGGAUUUUUGUGCCUCGACAGGACGAUAGAAGUACUCUAAACAGGCAACACUUGACAUAGAUAAAAUACAUGUGGUGAUGCAUAGUAUGAGCAAGUUAUGAACAAGGUAAAGAUGGACAUCUCUGACGACAACAUUACAGCGACCACCGUGGGAGCCAGCUCCAACGACAACACCGACAUCAAGAUGGCGGGGGAUGACGACAGCCCAGCACCAUCAGAAGUAGUACAAGACAACGACUUCACUUUCGUCGACCUGUUUGCUGGUGUUGGUGGUUUUGCUUGUGGUCUUGGAUCUGGCCACUUCGAAAAUCUCAAAGGCCGCUGCCUACUAGCAAGCGAGCGCGACGCAGAAGCUAGGUGGCUCUACGAGAAAAAUCACGGCUUACCCCAACCUGGCGGCUUCAACGAGGACAUCAAUGGACUUGAGUCUCUACCUUUAGAGGAACGAUGUGACAUAUUGUGUGGAGGCUUUCCUUGUCAAUCCUUUUCACAGUCGACGACUAGUCCGCAAGGCUUCGGAUGUCCGAAGAAUGGAGGCCUGUUUUUCGAAAUUAUACGGUUGUUGCGUGGUGGAGGUGGUGGGCCACGUGAGGCAUGUGGCGAUAGCGUUGGAGCAGCCGAAAAGAGAAGUGCUACUUCACCAAAAGGAGAUGGAGAUUUUAGUCUACUUCCAGAUGUUGAAAAGGAUUCUUCACCUCAACUAUCCAUCUCCACAUCAGCGACAAGUACUCCAAGAACACCUCUAGCGAGAACACCUCUAGAAGCUGGAUCAUCUAAGCAAAAGCCUCGAUCUUUCCUCUUAGAAAACGUCCCGAAUUUGUUGAAAUUAGACGACGGUCAGACAUUUGCCCGUGUAAAACAAGAGUUGGAAGCUUGUGGGUAUCGGGUUUUCGCGAAAGUGCUGAAUUCAGCAGAAGUCGCUGGGUUGCCACAGAAUCGAAAUCGAUUGUAUAUUGUAGGGUUUUUGGUGGAGGAUAAAGAGCUGGUGGGCGAGGCUGAGAAUGAAGGAGAUAGGAUGGAAGAUGCGCCCACGGCUGGUGGAGAAGACCUGAAGAUAGAUUUCCUAUGGCCACACGACGACAGCCUAGUAGAAAAGACCUCUUCAUCUCAACAGCAACAGCACAGCCAGACACAACAAAAACUCUCAGUCUCCGACAUCCUAGAGGAUUUCGAUAAUCUCUCUUUAGAAGAACAAGAGCGUUAUCGCUUAAGCGAACACCAAUGGGAGAAGGUGCAGGCCCAUCGAUCCUACCUUACUUCUGUGAAAAGACGCAGUGUGGAUGUCCAUGGUUUAGCGAGGACCCUGUCAGCGAGGUAUCGAACAGGAUAUUUGGUACAGAGCGAGUUCGUGCCUGUGGAAGAGGAGGGGAAAGGAGUUUCUGCUGGGAUUGAGAAAGGGACUCGAACCCGCGACCAAGUAUCAACAUCUCUCACUCAAGCAGGGCAGACAUCAUCCUCGUCAGCAACAUCGUCUUCAGCGACAUCACCUCUAGCAACACCAGCCGCGACAUCUUCAAACCCCUCAGGUGAUGAACCCCAAACAAGACCCCGUUUUUUCACCCUUCGAGAAUGUGCCAGACUACAGGGCUUUCCAGAAUCGUUUAUCAUCGAAAACAAGCGGAAUUUACAUAGGUGGUAUCAUCAGUGUGGAAACGCCGUUUGUCCUCCAGUCGUAGCUAAAAUUGCAAAGCAGAUGCUGAGAACCUUGGAAUUAAUGAAGCGUGACAGGAGAAGAAGGACCUGUACAACCACAAGACCUGGCACCUGUACUGUGAUGGAUUCGUAAACAGGACCGAGUAUGCCUUGAUUAUAAGCAUGCUUAUCACCGGCCGGUGCGAUCAAAUUCAAAAGCGUAUUUCGAUUGAAGUGUUUCUUUCGUACUGCUUCACUAUGAGGCAAAGUCACGACUUGGUGUGUUCGUACGAGCCCAGGUGGAAGAAAGGAA